GAAGGGGAACUGACUGGACCAGUUUCAGGAACUGGCCUUGGACAGCCAUGUCCUUCCUGGCGUAGAUGCCAGCAUUAUUGCCCAAUCAUAGAUAACUUUGUGCCCGGAGGGUAUAAGAGAAAACAGCAUCCUGGACAUAGCAGACUCAGGUCCCACCAGCUACAGAAAUGAGGUCUGUUCUGAUCAUCACCCUCGUCAGCUGCUUCUGUGCAGCAUAUGAGGCCAAAGUCUUCUCCAAGUGUGAGCUGGCCCGCAAGCUAAAGACCAAGGGAAUGGAUGGCUACCAUGGCUACAGCCUGGCAAACUGGGUCUGCAUGGCUCAGUAUGAGAGUAAAUUCAACACCCGGGCCUUUAAUGGGAGAAAUACCAAUGGCAGUAAAGACUAUGGGAUCUUCCAGCUGAACAGCCGGUGGUGGUGCAAAAACAGCAACCAGCCCUCAGCAAACGCCUGCAGCAAAAUGUGCAACGAGUUUCUGGAUGACAACAUCGAUGAUGACAUCACGUGUGCCAAGAGGGUUGUGAGAGAUCCUAAUGGGAUGUCCGCCUGGGUGGCCUGGGUAAAACACUGCAAGGGCAGGAAUUUGUCCAGGUACCUGGCUGGCUGUAACCUGUGAGACGGUCAUUGAAUAUGGCUCCUGGAGAAGGUGGCCCAGAAGGCAGAGUAAUUCUUCAAGGUUCUUGGAAGCUCUGAAAGUCCCCUCCUCACUGCCUCCAAAAUAAAAGUUACUCACUUUCA